GACACUUACCUGUCAGUGAGAGAAAACUUUGAAGCUUUUUCUUCUUCCAACACCUCAAACUCUCAACUUCAGGAAUUAUGCGUGAGUGCAUCUCUGUACACAUAGGACAGGCUGGUGUCCAGAUUGGUAAUUCCUGCUGGGAGCUCUACUGUUUGGAACAUGGGAUACAGUCGGAUGGACAGAUGCCCAGUGACAAAACUGUUGGAGGAGGAGAUGACUCUUUCAAUACGUUCUUCAGUGAGACUGGAACUGGGAAGCAUGUCCCCAGAGCUGUUUUUGUUGACCUUGAGCCGUCUGUCAUUGAUGAAGUGCGCACUGGAGCAUACCGCCAGCUGUUUCAUCCUGAACAGAUGAUCACUGGUAAGGAAGAUGCAGCCAACAACUAUGCCCGUGGACACUACACCAUUGGAAAAGAGAUCAUUGACCAGGUUUUGGACAGGAUCCGCAGACUGACUGACCAGUGCACUGGCCUUCAGGGCUUCCUGGUUUUCCACAGCUUUGGUGGAGGAACCGGCUCUGGUUUUACCUCCCUGCUAAUGGAGCGUCUUUCUGUGGACUACGGCAAGAAGUCCAAACUUGAGUUUUCAAUCUACCCAGCUCCUCAGGUGUCCACUGCUGUGGUGGAGCCUUACAACUCUGUCUUGACCACACACACCACCUUGGAGCACUCCGACUGUGCAUUCAUGGUGGACAAUGAGGCAAUCUACGACAUCUGCCAGAGAAAUCUUGGCAUUGAGCGUCCCGCCUACAACAACCUGAACAGGAUCAUCAGCCAGAUCGUGUCCUCUGUUACUGCUUCUCUUCGUUUUGAUGGUGCCCUGAAUGUGGAUCUGACAGAGUUCCAGACCAACCUGGUGCCAUAUCCUCGCAUCCACUUUCCUAUGGCCACAUACGCCCCUGUGAUCUCAGCCGAGAAGGCAUACCAUGAGCAGCUUACAGUGGCUGAGAUCACUAACUCAUGCUUUGAGCCUGCCAAUCAGAUGGUCAAAUGCGACCCCCGCAUGGGCAAGUACAUGGCUUGCUGCCUUCUGUACCGUGGCGACGUGGUGCCCAAAGACGUCAAUGCUGCCAUUGCUGCAAUCAAAACAAAACGGUCUAUCCAGUUUGUAGACUGGUGUCCAACUGGUUUCAAAGUGGGCAUCAAUUACCAGCCACCCACUGUGGUUCCUGGGGGAGACUUAGCCAAGCUUAAGAGGGCAGUGUGCAUGCUGAGCAACACCACAGCUAUUGCGGAAGCCUGGGCUCGACUUAACCACAAGUUUGACCUGAUGUACACCAAGCGGGCCUUUGUUCACUGGUAUGUAGGGGAAGGGAUGGAAGAGGGUGAAUUCUCUGAGGCCAGGGAGGAUUUGGCAGCUCUGGAGAAGGAUUAUGAGGAGGUUGGAGCUGACAGCAUGGGAGAGGAAGAUGAAGGAGAAGAAUAUUGAACAGACAUGCAUAACUUGUCUAAAUUUCUAUUUCGAUAACAAUAAUAAAGGUAUUUUUUGAGGCACUACUUUACUUCAGUUGACUUAUUUAAUCAUAUUUAUUCAAUAAAGCCCAUAAUUAUUCAGACCUCUGACAGGUUAGUAUUUUAUAUUAUUUAUAUUCAACCAUGAUGCUUCUUUCUGAUCGGAAAUGACAGACAAUUCCCAAAAGAUAACCGUGAUUUUAAAAAGCAUCUUUUUCGUGCGUGUGUAUUUGAUAUUUCGUAAAUGGAAACUAAAUAUUGAUUGAAAACUGUAAGUUAUUUUUAAAAAUGACAGUUUUAUCUUGUAGUGCGAAAGGAAUAAAAUGCUUUAAUCUAUACAUUUUUGAAAAGAAAUGUAACAUGUGAAAAAUGUU